AUCGUAGCCUUGCCUUCUCUCAAGAAUUUGCAAAAGUUGGAUCUGAGUUCCUCUACUCUCGAUAAUAGCUUUCUGCAAACAAUAGGAAGGAUUACCACUCUGACAAGUUUAAAAUUGAAUGGUUGUAGACUCAGUGGCAACAUACCUAUAGCCGAGGGUCUAUGCGAGUUAAAGCAUCUUCAUAGUCUUGAUAUCAGCAAUAAUAGUCUCAACGGUGUCUUGCCUAAUUGUUUGGCAAAUUUGACAUCCCUGAAACAAAUAGAUCUCUCUUCCAAUGACUUUGUGGGAGAUAUUUCCUCGUCUCCUCUUAUAACUCUGACAUCCAUCCAAGAAUUAAGACUUUCGGACAAUCACUUUCAAAUUCCCAUCUCAUUGAGGUCAUUUUCCAACCAUUCUGAACUCAAAUUCUUCUUCGGUUAUAAUAAUGAAAUAUGUGCAGAGCUAGAGGAGCACAAUUUGAUCCCAAAGUUCCAACUAGAGAGACUUCAUUUAUCUGGUCAAGCAUAUGGUGGAGCAUUGCCCUUUCCCAAAUUCCUCUUCUAUCAACACAACUUGCGGGAGAUUUAUUUUUCUAACAUGAAAAUGAGGGGAGGCGUUCCAAAUUGGUUGCUAGAGAACAACACAAACCUAUAUGAACUUUUCCUGGUCAACAAUUCUCUUUCAGGACCUUUCCAGUUGCCAAUUCAUCCCCAUGUGAGUUUGUCACAAUUAGAUAUUUCUGACAAUCACUUGGACAGCCACAUCCCAACAGAAAUUGGAGCAUAUUUCCCAAGUUUGACGUUUUUAUCCAUGUCUAACAACCAAUUCAACGGUAGCAUUCCCUCUUCGAUUGGCAAUAUGUCUUCUCUUCAAGUUUUGGAUCUCUCAGAAAACAACUUCUCUGGAAAGCUGCCAUCUUGUUUUAGCUCUUUGCCACUAGUUCAUGUUUAUUUGUCACAAAAUAAAUUACAGGGAUCUUUGGAGGAUGCAUUUCAUAACUCCUUUGAGCUGAUUACAUUGGAUCUUAGCCAUAAUCGAUUGACUGGCAGCAUUUCGGAAUGGAUUGGUGAGUUUUCCCACAUGAGCUAUCUUCUCUUAGGUUAUAACAACCUUGAAGGCAGAAUACCCAUCCAGUUGUGCAAGUUGGACAAAUUGAGUUUCAUUGAUCUUUCUCAUAAUAAGUUUUCUGGUCAGAUCCUCCCUUGUCUAAGAUUUAGAAGCAGUAUUUGGUACAGCUAUCUUAGAAUAUAUCCUCAUAGGUAUUUGAUUCGAGAGCCUUUAGAGAUUACAACAAAGAGUGUAUCCUAUUCUUACCCGAUAAGCAUUUUGAACAUCAUGUCUGGAAUGGAUCUCUCUUGCAACAAUUUGACAGGUGAGAUUCCUCCGGAAAUUGGAAACCUUAAUCAUAUCCAUGUACUGAACCUGUCAAAUAAUUUUUUGACAGGUCCUGUCCCACAAACUUUUUCAAACUUGAGUGAAGUUGAGAGCUUGGAUCUUUCCAAUAACAGCUUGACUGGGGCUAUCCCUCCUGGACUUGUACAAUUGCAUUCUCUGGAAGUUUUUAGUGUAGCCCACAAUAACCUAUCUGGUAGGACACCUGAUAUGAUUCCACAAUUUUCAACAUUCAACAAGAGUAGCUAUGAGGGAAAUCCUCUCCUUUGUGGACCACCACUCUCAAGACAUUGCACCACCCAAGAAGAAGAAGCUUCGUCAUUACCAAAAAGGGCUUCAACGGAUGAUAUAGAAGAAAGUGGCUUCAUGGAUACAUAUGUUUUCUAUGUGAGCUUUGUUGUGACAUACAUCAUGAUGCUGUUGGUAACAGCUGCAAUUUUGUACAUAAACCCCAACUGGAGACGAGCAUGGUUUUAUUUCAUUAAACAAAGCAUCAAUAAUUGCUACUACUUUUUUGUGGACAAUCGUCAUAUGCCAUCCUGGUUAGAGGUCCGAAACCUUUUGUGUAGAUAUUUUUAGCAUGUGUGGUGUUUCUACUUUUCAAAUUCAAGACUGAAUUCAAUCUUAUCGUAUUAGUACAAGUUAUGUUUGAAAACUUGUGUUGUGCUCUUUAUACAAGUGCUUCCUUUUCUUUUUCUUUUCCUUGAAUGGACAUAGCAAAUUUGUGAUGAAGAAAUCAUUUCUUUACAUUUUUUUCAGUAACCAAUAAGUUCCUCUAUCGAUAUACUUUCCGUCUACGAUAGGAUUGGAUUUGAUAGAAGCUCUAAAUUUACACCCAAGGCGCCGCGCACAACUUGGCCAUUGUAACUGAUUUGAAGUAGUAGAGUUUAGAAUCAGGUAAGAAAAGGUCUUUAACACCAAAUGGGACAAGACACCAUUGAUUCUUUGAUGAGAUGCAGCUUGAAUAUUGUAGGCCAGAGUAGCAGUUAGAAGCUCUGUUGAGCUAAAUGGAAGGCGAAAAAUUAGUUUGUUUUCAACAAGAGGAACUUGUAGCCAGAAAAGGCAGCAGCCCAAGCAAUAAAACAAGCAGAGUAAAUACAGAACUUCUCCCAUUCUGACCCUGAACCAAGGCCUCCAACCGUGGCUGCUCAUCAAAUACAGAGCAGAUGGGUCCUUCCUCAAAAAAGCUAGAUUAAGAUCAAUUUCGAAGCAUCAUUUACGUAUGCAAAUAGUUGGCAGGUAUAGGGACCAUUUGUAGUAUUCAAAUGGCUAAAGUUUCCUCGGCCGCGGUUGCAGAAGAAGUGGCAGUUGAAUGUGUUUGAUUCUCAUACAAUCUUCAUUUCUUAGCGAGAGAGUCUGUAGUAAACGAUGCUAAGCUUUUUUCAAGACUAGUUGAUGAGCUUUGAAAUUGUUAGAGAAGAGUUUGACGUGAGAGUCAUAAUCUCAUGCAAAACAAAUCCUAUGCAUAAUGUAGGGGAUCAUCAAGUAAAGAUGUAAAAGUGAUCGAGUUUAAUUAAGAGAAGGCUAAGAGAUGAUCUUGGAUUCGGGCAUAGCUUGUCCUAGGCCAAUCUGAAAAAAAGCUAAGAGCUGGCCUUGAGUUUGGGUACUGUUCGUCCUAGCUCUACCAGGAGGAAAGACCAACUUUGGAUUUCCUUAAACAUUAAACCAUGCCUCGUGGAGCAUGCGUAGGAGUGAGGAGACCCCUAUGCCGUAUCUUUAACCCAACACCCGGGAUGUGAAAUGCACAAGGACUGUUUUGUCUAGACCCAUCACUCACAGAUUUAAAAAACAGAGCUCUCAUGCAUAAUUUUGUUCAUAGUUGGGUUUGAAAAAUAGCUAGAACUGCUGAUAGAGCAACUGAUUGGGCGGCCAAACUGACUAGAAUAGGACAAUAUCCUCGUCACUGGGUCCAUGAAUCUCUAACUUAUCUAAACUUUUGUCCUUCAACUUAAAUAUUUCAGCUCCAACGCAAAAAAGAAGAAGCAGGAUUAGAGCUGAAGAAUGAUUUGGUGGAAGCAACAGUGCCAAAUGAAUACCAAAUUAUUGAAACCAAAGAAUGCCAUACUAUGUUUUGAUGUCUGAAGGUAAACCUCCAAAUCACGCUGAAGGAGAGAUGCAAGUAAGAGUACAUAAGCAUACAAGAGUUUGUUUCAAGAUUGGGAAC